AGGAGCCUGACUGGGGCAAAGUUUCCACGCGGAGAGUGAGCGAGUCAUCUCUUUGUCGCUCCAGCCAGCACAGAAGUGAAGAUGGCCAAAGUCCCUGACCUCUUUGAAGACCUGAAGAACUGCUACAGUGAAAAUGAAGAAUACAGUUCUGAUAUCGACCAUCUCUCUCUGAAUCAGAAGUCCUUCUAUGAUGCCAGCUAUGAGCCACUUCCUGGGGACGGCAUGGAUAAACUUAUGCCUCUGAGUACCUCUAAAACCUCUAAGACAUCCAGGCUUAACUUCAAGGAGAGUGUGGUGGUGGCGGCAGCCAACGGGAAGAUUCUGAAGAAGAGACGGUUGAGUUUAAAUCAGUUCAUCACCGAUGACGACCUGGAAGCCAUUGCCAAUGACACAGAAGAAGAAAUCAUCAAGCCCAGAUCAGCAACAUACAGCUUCCAGAGCAACAUGAAAUACAACUUCAUGAGGGUCAUCAACCACCAGUGCAUCCUGAAUGAUGCCCGCAAUCAAAGCAUCAUUCGAGACCCGUCAGGUCAAUACCUCAUGGCUGCUGUGCUGAAUAACCUGGAUGAGGCAGUGAAAUUUGACAUGGCUGCUUAUACAUCAAAUGAUGAUUCGCAACUUCCUGUGACUCUAAGAAUCUCAGAAACCCGACUGUUUGUGAGUGCUCAAAACGAAGACGAACCCGUGUUACUGAAGGAGCUGCCUGAGACACCCAAAACCAUCAAAGAUGAGACCAGUCUCCUCUUCUUCUGGGAAAAGCAUGGCAAUAUGGACUACUUCAAAUCAGCCGCCCAUCCAAAGUUGUUUAUUGCCACAAGGCAGGAAAAACUGGUGCACAUGGCACCGGGGUUGCCCUCUGUCACUGACUUUCAGAUACUGGAAAACCAGUCUUGACUCUGGUGUCUACUUACCUGUGAAGUGUUGACAGGCCGUAUGUACCAUGUACAUGAAGGAGUUAAAUCUUUCACUCUUAGUCACUCGCUGAGCAUGUGCUGAGCCUUUGUAAUUCUAAAUGAAUGUUUACUCUCUUUGUAAGAGAGGGAGCAAAGUCUGGUAGAACCAACACUAACAAAUAACAUUGCUUAGUAUUUAAAAAACACACUGUCAUUUACAAACUACCAAUCAUUUUAAUUAUUAUUCUGCAUAACAAUCUUGGGAGGACCAGGGUUACUGACUAUGGCUACCAAAAAGGCUCUACCCAUAUUACAGAUGGGUUAACUAAGGCCUGAGGAUAUUAAGAAGUAUCCACAAUAGCAGCUGGAAUGAGAAGCUAUGGACCCAGGAUUUCAUUCCACCUGCUUACCUUUUGCUUUUAAGUUGCUGAUGGACCCUAUAUCCAACAUUGUAAGUUUCUGGAACCUCAAUUUGAUCUUAAAAAAAUAUAUAUACAUAUAUAUACACACACACAUACAUAGCAUAUACAUGUACAUUAUGUAUAUAAUAUUUAUUAUUAUAUCUAUUAUAUCUAUGUAAUAGAUUAUUUCUCCUUCCUGCCUCAACAGUAUUCUAUGACAAACAGUGAGCUUGUUUUAGUAAAAUGCUUCUUGAAGCUGAGCCUCCAGAAGAAGGCAAAGCCUGAAAUGUUAUUUUAAGUUAUUAUUUAUAUAUAUGUAUGUAUUUAUAAUAUUAUUUCUAAUAUAAGUAUAACAUAUUAUUAUAUUUAUAUCAACUCCUUGUGAUCUCUGAGUGUGACCAGUCAUCUUCAAUGAUAGCAGACAGUGUUUUCCAGGUUGAAUGAGUUGGAGGUACUAAGGCAUUUUGAGCCAAGUUGUUGUACUUUUUCCAUGGCCAUGAAGGUCUGUAUUCUAGUAACUGGGAGCCCUGUAAUUAUGAUAAUAAAUUUAUAAUAAUUA